AUGGAGACUAUUCUGCACAUCUAUCACCCGAAACGCCACCUUCUGUUACUGGAGUACGCCAUCAAAAGCCCCAGCUCUAGCCCUAGCCCCAGCUCCGGCGUGGCUUUGUCGCAAACUCAUUCCAAUCCACCCAACGUCCUCCUUUUCGUCGGCGGACUGUAUGACAACUUCCGGUCACCGUCCUAUGUUGAUGAUCUAGCGGCCUUGUUUCUGCGGGACACACCGAACCAGAAAUGGCGGGUGAUGCACGUCCAGCUGUCGUCGGCAGGGAAGAGCUUCGGGCUCUAUGAUCUGGACCGCGAUGUCGAAGAAAUCGGCACAGCAAUCAACUACAUCCGCGCAUCUGUCACCCAGUCCCCCACAUCGCCCGUCGUCCUAAUGGGUCACAGCACCGGGUGCCAGGACUUGAUCCACUACCUUGUCUCUCCGCUAAAGAACAGCAAGAACUCUUCCAAUUCUCGCCCCGUGGUAUCCGGUGCCAUCUUUCAAGCCCCGGUUUCCGACCGCGAGGCAAUCAUGCGCGACGUGAACGACGACCAGGCCACCCGCCAGGCUUACGAAUCAUGUCUGUCCAUUGCUGAGUCGACGCCUAAAGACAAGCACGCGAUGACCAUCCUGCCUUUACAUAUCAGCAAGCAGUGUCUAGGCCCGGCGCCGCUCAACAUCACGCGGUUUUUGAGCCUCGCAUCGCCUGGUUCUCCCGAUAAUCCGGCCAUGGAUGAUUACUUUUCGAGCGACCUGUCUGAUCGACGGCUGCUGGAUACAUUUGGGAGGAUUGGUGGUGUUGCACAUCUUCAGGCCUCUAAACAUACCGGGGAAAUCAGCAGCGACCUUGGCCACUCCAGUGAGGUUACGGGUAGAAGCGUCUUAUUCCUCCCCUCGGGUGAUGACGAGCAUGUGCCCACUAGCAUUGACAAAGCCCUGCUCCUGUCUCGGUGGACACGCGCCGUCGAAAGCGGAGGGGCUGCUUCGGUUUCGCCUUAUUCGCAAAUCGUUCGACACGCGCUGCACGAUAUUUCCGGAUCGUCCAUUGAGGCACGUACAGCUCGACUGGUCGAGAUGCGCGGCUCGGUGCUGCGGUAUCUAGACCAUGUAGUUGGGGAUAUCUUCGAGGAGGGAUCCGGAGUGUCAACGGAGAAGGGGGAUGCAAGCGAGCACUCGGGCCAGGGCCCAUGGGCGAUCUACGAGAGCGACCGGCACGCAAUUGAAAUGGAGCGUGGUGUAAGUGGUGUUAGGCUGUGA